AUGUCUAAUAUUUGGAUUCCUAACGGUUUAUUCCAUAACCCAGAAAACGAAUUUACAGCACUGCAACGCUUUCUGGGCCAUCAACAUGGAGCAUUGGAUUUAAGUUCCAACAACGAAGUUUUGGAUUUGUCGAUGGUGACUAGAAUAAAAAUGGAACAACAAGAAGAACACGACUUGAAUAAUUUUCUGAAACGACAAAUUAAGCAGGAAAUUGUUUUUCCAGAAAUAAAACAGGAAAACGAAGAAUCGGUACAACUACCGAUGGGGCAGGAGCUUGUAGUCCGAGAAAUAAAACAGGAAAACGAAGAAUCGGUACAAAUACCGAUGGAGCAGGAACUUGUAGUUUCAGAGUCGAACCAAAUACAAAUUAAGCAGGAAAUUAUUUUUCCAGAAAUAAAACAGGAAAACGAAGAAUCGGUACAAAUACCGAUGGGGCAGGAGCUUGUAGUCCGAGAAAUAAAACAGGAAAACGAAGAAUCGGUACAAAUACCGAUGGAGCAGGAACUUGUAAUCCCAGAGAUAAAACUCGAAAACGAAGAAUCGGUACAAAUACCGAUGGAGCAGGAGCUUGUAGUUUCAGAGUCGAACCAAAUACAAAUUAAGCAGGAAAUUGUAGUUCCAGAAAUUAAACAGGAAAACGAAGAAUCGGUACAAAUACCGAUGGAGCAGGAGCUUGUAGUUUCAGAGUCGAACCAAAUACAAAUUAAGCAGGAAAUUGUAGUUCCAGAAAUAAAACAGGAAAACGAAGAAUCGGCACAAAUACCGAUGAAGCAGGAGCUUGUAGUUCCAGAAAUAAAACGCGAAAACGUAGUAGCGGAAAGCACAGAAGAGCAAGAAAACAUGCCACAUGAGCCAUUAGGGAACAUAGUAGUUAUGGAGACAGAUCAACCAGAAGGCAUACAAAUUGGACCGACUGGCACAAUCAUUUCGAUCGACGAUUUUAAAAAGAUGGUAAAUCUAAAGAAAAUCUCUAAAACACUCUUACAAAACUACUCCAUACCAUCCCUCAAGUUACAUGGAAGGUUCGAAGACUUUAAGCCAUAA